AUGUUCGAUACUGGAUCAACAAAAUCAUUUAUUAACAAAACAGCAUUAGCUCGUACAAAACACUUACCACUUGAUAAAAACAAACAACAAUAUGUUAUGGCAGAUGGUUAUACAAAAUUUGAAGUUAAUGGCACAGUGAAAAUUUUUAUUGAAUUAAAUCAUAUCAAAACAAAUAUUAUUGUUGGUGUCGUCAAUUCGUUAUGCAUGGAUUGUAUCUUGGGUAUGGACUAUCUUAAUAAAUACAAAAUUAAUCUUAACAAUAAACAUAAACAAGUGCAAAUUUAUACUCCUACAGAUACAACUACAUUACCAAUGGAAAAUCAUGUACCAAAAACAAGAACAGUAUGUCGUUUAGUUCAAUUUAUAUAUUUAGGUCCAUAUCAAGAAAGAAAAGUAAAAAUUCGUUCAUCAGUUUUUUCCGGUCAAUUAUUAUUUUCUCCUGCUUAUCGUCUUCUUAAAAUUCAAGGUUUAAUGAUCACACAUUCAUUAAUUUGUUUUCAAAAUUAUGAAACAUGGAUUUCAAUUUAUAACCCGACAUAUAAACCAUGUUAUUUAUAUGAAAAUGCCAUUGUUGGUGUUGCAACAUCAUUAGAUUCUAGUAUGAACAUUUCCACUGUUCUUAAUUUAAAUAUCAAAGAAAAAAAUGAUAAUGAUUAUACACAUUCGUUAACCAAUAAUAGUGAACAUAAUAUCCAUACGUUAUCACAACAUAUGCAAGAUCCACAACAAUUAAAUGAUUUAAUAAUUAUAUUAAAGAAACAUCAUCCACUAUUUGAUACAUCAACAAUAACAAUUGCUGAAACACCAACACCUCAUACUAUUUGUACUGGAGAUAAUCCUCCAACUACAUCGAGACCUUAUCCACAAACUAUUGAAAAACAAAAUGCAACAUUUGAUAUUAUCCAACAAAUGCUAAAGCAUAAACAAAUACGUGCAUCACAUUCUCAAUAUUCAGCGCCAAUAUUACUAAUAAAGAAACGUGAUGGUGCCUAUCGUUUUAUUGUGGACUAUCGUAAAUUAAAUAAUAUCACCAUUCAAGAUAAUUAUCCGUUACCUAAUCUUGAACAAACAAUACAAAUGGUUGGUGGGCAUCAGUAUUACACCAAGUUAGACCUUCGUUCUGGCUAUUUCCAAAUACCUAUUCUGGACAAAGAUAAACAUAAAACUGCAUUCAUCACCGUACAUGGCCUUUACGAAUUCAAUGUAUUAGCUCAAGGUCUAAAAAAUAGUCCACCCUCGUUUCAACGUAUCAUGUCAAAUUUAUUAUUACCGUGCAAAAACUUUUGUUUAGUCUAUUUAGAUGAUAUAUUGGUUUAUUCAGAUUCUUUUCAUCAACAUCUGAAUCAUCUAAAUCAAGUACUAGCAAUUCUCAACAAACACAAAUUUCAAUUAAAUCCACAAAAAUGCGAAUUAGCUAAAAGAACUAUUGAUUAUUUGGGUCACACAAUAAGUACACAAGGAGUUAAACCACUUCAAGAACGAAUUGAAAAAAUAUUAAAUAUUCCACAACCAACAUCAUUACAUCAAGCAAAUGCUUUCAUUGGCGCUAUUGGGUGGUAUAGGAAGUUCAUUAAAGAUUAUACAAAAAUAGCUGCACCAAUAUUAGCUGUUACUAAUUUAACUAAACAAAAUAAAUUUAAAUUUAAAUGGGAUACACCACAAAAAGAAGCUUUCAAUCAAUUAAAAAUAGCUAUUACAUCUCAACCAUUAUUUUUAACUUAUCCUGAUCCAAAUGAACCUCUGAUUUUAUCAACAGACGCAUCAGAUUACUGUAUUGGUGGAGUUUUAUAUCAAGAGAUCAAUGGUGAACGUAAAAAUAUUUAUUUUCAUUCACAAAUGUUACCAAAAUCACAACGAAAAUGGCCAACAAUUGAAAAAGAAGCUUUGGGUAUAUAUUAUUCUAUUACACGUAUGAAGCUAUAUUUGUUAGGCCGUGAAUUUAUUGUACAAACAGAUCAUUGUCCACUACGUGACAUACACAAAAAACCAUCAAAUAAUCGUCGAGUUGAUCGUAUAUCAUUAGUAUUACAACAAUAUAAUAUUAAAGAAAUUCGUCAUGUGUCCGGUAAAUGUAAUUGUAUGGCGGAUUAUUUAAGUCGUUUCCCUCGUCAAGUGGAAGAUGAUGAUGAAUUUUUAGAAUCAGAUUUUGGGAUUAUACCAGCAAUAAAAAAUGAUAUUGAUACAAUACAAGUAGACAAAAGCAAAUCAAUUAUUCCAUCAUUUAUUAGUGCUGUUACAACGAGAGCUCAAGCAAGAGCACAAGCACCACAUACACCAUCAAAUAAUGAUACACAAUCGUUAAAUCAUGAAUCAAUAACAGAUGAUCUACCUCAACAAGAGGCGGGUCAUGAGUUCGAUAUAACAACAAUUGCCGAAGCUCAAAAAGGAGAUAAGUUAUAUAAGGAAAAAAUUUUAGAAAUUAAUAAAAAUCCACUGAAUUGCUUUUAUGUUCUAGAAAAUGAUAUAUUAUACAAAAUAAAUAAUCGUGGUAUUUUCCAACAAAAAUUAAUAUAUAUACCAGCUUCAAUGAUACAACAAAUAUUAAAUGCUUAUCAUAAUAGUUCAUGGGCAGGACAUUUUGGAGAUCGACGAACAUAUUCAAAAUUAAAAGAUAAAUAUUGGUGGCCAAAUAUGAAAAUUACAAUACAGAAUUAUAUUCAAACAUGCAUGUUAUGUCAACAAUUUAAUAUUAAUCGCAAGAAACCUGUUGGUUUAUUACAUCCUAUAGAACCACCAAAAGGUCCAUGCCAAUUAAUCGGAAUGGAUUAUUCUGGACCGUUUCCAACGACUCCUGAAGGAAAUAAAUAUGUAUUGGCUAUUACUGAUUACUUUACUAAAUGGGUUAUCGCAAUUCCUUUACCAAAUCAAACAGCUUUGACAACCGCUGAAGUUUUAUAUGAACACUAUAUCUGCAUUUACGGUGUACCACAUACAAUUUUAUCAGAUCAAGGUCCACACUUCAACAAUCAAUUAAUAACAGCAUUUACACAAAUAUUAGGUUAUCAUCAUAUAAAAUCAACACCUUAUCAUCCACAAACAAACGGAGCUAUCGAACGUUUUAAUUCAACAUUUGAACGUCAAAUAGCUAAAUUAACAGAUCAAUGUGUUAACAACUGGGAUAUGCAUUUAAAGUCGGUAGUUUUUGCAUAUAAUACCGGUCAACAUGCUACAACAAAAUUCUCGCCAUACGAACUACAAUUUGGACGACAACCGAAAUUACCACCAGAAAAAUCACCAACAAGUUAUGAAUUUUCAAAACCAAAUGAUUAUUUCCAGUUCCUUCAACAGACACUAAAAAUUUACCAACAACAAGCAUAUCACAAUAUGAAAAAAAAUCAACAAUAUUAUAAACAAAAAUUUGAUGCAAAUCGCCAAGAUAGUUAUUACAAUGUAGGAGAUUUAGUGCUCAAACGUUUUUCAACAUUUCCAUCAAAAUUAGCUGCACUCUAUUCACAUCCAAUGAUCGUCAUUGAACAACAACAUCCAACAUACUUUAUUCAAGAUCAAAAUGAUCAACAAAUAUAUCGUGUACAUGUAUCUCAAUUACGUCCAUGUAAAGUUUAA